GCUGCGGGGCGCCAGGUCCUGCUCUGGGGACAGUGCCCGGCCAGCUUCCGGCUGCCUCUGCAGCUGCGUAGGACUCCCCGAACCCCCCGAGCGGGCACCGUUUUCUCUUUCUCUUGUCAGAUACCGACUCCCACGCAGGAAAAAGGAAGCACCUUUUGUCAGAUGCUGCGGCCACUUCCUCUUCAGAAGGCUCCAGCCAGCCUUUCUCUUUGCAGAAUGACGGGGCUGGCGCCGGGCGCCGGACUGCGUGUGCGUCGGGCCUCUGGCUGUCGCCGGCUGCCCGGUCCCUGGCCGGCCCGCGCCCGGAGCAGGCCUCUCGGCUGCCUCUCGGCCGCGCAGGGCUUCCUCCCUCCCCCAGGCCUGGCCCCCUGAGCCAGCCUGGCUGGGGCGCAGCCAGCCUCUCGGCCCCCUGGGGCUUCCUCUGUGGCCUCGGCGCCCCCCCGCUUCCCCCCCGCUCGCCGCUUCAUGUCCCUCAGCCAGCCUGCCUGUCUGUUCCUCUCCGUAGCUCGGUCCAGGAGUGUGAUGACCGGCGAGCAGAUGGCCACCCUCCACCAGCCGUCCGCCCCCAACCCGCUGGAGAGGCCCAUCAAGAUGGGCUGGCUCAGGAAGCAGAGGUCCAUCGUGAAGAACUGGCAGCAGAGAUACUUCGUGCUGAGGGCGCAGCAGCUCUACUACUACAAGGACGAAGAGGACACGAAGCCGCAGGGUUGCAUGUAUCUACCAGGAAGUACGAUCAAGGAGAUCGCCAUGAACCCAGAAGAGGCGGGGAAGUUUGUCUUUGAAGUCAUUCCAGCCUCAUGGGACCAGAGUCGCACAGGACAGGACUCCUAUGUCCUCAUGGCCAGCUCUCAGGCGGAGAUGGAGGAGUGGGUUAAAUUCCUUAGGAGAGUCGCUGGCACGCCCUCUGGAGCCGUGUUUGGCCAGCGUUUGGAUGAGACUGUGGCCUAUGAACAGAAAUUUGGCCCCCACCUGGUGCCCAUCCUGGUGGAGAAGUGUGCAGAGUUCAUCCUCCAGCACGGCCUGAAUGAAGAGGGCAUCUUCCGACUGCCUGGGCAGGACAAUCUGGUGAAGCAGCUCAGAGAUGCUUUUGAUGCUGGGGAGAGGCCCUCCUUUGACAGAGAGACAGACGUGCACACAGUGGCCUCCCUGUUAAAGCUCUAUCUCCGAGACCUCCCGGAGCCUGUGGUUCCCUGGAACCAGUAUGAGGGGUUCCUGCUCUGCGGGCAGCUCAUGAAUGCAGAUGAGGCAAAGGCUCAGCAGGAGUUGGUGAAGCAGCUGUCCAUCCUUCCUCGAGACAACUAUAACCUCCUGAGCUACAUAUGCAGGUUCCUACAUGAAAUCCAGCUCAACUGUGGUGUUAACAAGAUGAGUGUGGAUAACCUGGCUACCGUGAUUGGUGUGAAUCUCAUCAGGUCGAAGGUCGAAGACCCUGCUGUGAUCAUGAGAGGGACUCCUCAAAUCCAAAGAGUGAUGACCAUGAUGAUCAGAGACCAUGAAGUUCUCUUCCCCAAGUCCAAGGAUGCCCCCCUUUCACCCCCUGCUCAGAAAAAUGACCCUAAGAAACCUCCAGUAGCUCGAAGCUCUGUGGGCUGGGAUGCCACUGAAGACCCUCCAAUUUCUAGGACAGAUAGCUUCAGUAACAUGACCAGCGACUCAGACACAACCAGCCCCACUGGACAACAGCCGAGUGAUGAAUGUUUAGAAGAGAACAGUAAAGCCCCCAGGGAAAAGCUAGGUGAUUGGAAGCUGCAGUCACGAAAAAGGACUCAGACACUCCCUAAUCGGAAAUGCUUCUUGACGUCAGUGUUUCAAGGUGCCAACAGCAGCAAAGUGGAGAUCUUUAAAAAUGAGUUCUGGUCACCUUCUUCGGAGGUAAAGGCCGAGGAAGGGCACAGGAGAACGAUGUCUCAAGGUGUGCCCCACUGUCCCGACUCCCAGCGGACUUCCACCUACGAUAAUGUCCCUGCCCCGCCCAGGGCCCCCGGGGAGGAGGCAGCUACUGUCUCUUCCCACGCCUGUGACUCCAAGAGAGAAACUCUUGCCAGCCCUAACUCUGAAACCGGGCAUGGGAAAAAGAACUCUGGAGAAGAGGAACUUGAAUCCUUGCAGAGGGUGGUCCAGGAGCUGCGAAAGGAAAUAGAGACACAGAAGCAAACGUAUGAGGAACAGAUUAAAAACCUUGAGAAGGAAAAUUAUGAUGUCUGGGCCAAGGUGGUGAGGCUCAAUGAAGAACUGGAGAAGGAGAAGAAGAAAUUUGCAGCCUUGGAAAUCAGCCUCCGCAAUGUGGAGCGCUCCCGGGAGGAUGUUGAGAGGAGGAACAAGGCCUUGGAAGAAGAAGUCAAAGAAUUUGUCAAAUCGAUGAAAGAGCCCAAAGCUGAUGCUUGAGCGUUCCAAGCAUACCAUAAAGACAGCGCACGGAGGCCCAAUAACACAUUCCCUUUCUCGGUGCUACCUGAUGACUGAGAAGCAAAAUUACUCCCUAGGAGGGAGAAGACAUUUAGGGGGAAACAUCACGUUUCCCAGUAAAAUAAAUGGAUGGAAUUUGCAGGAAGAUGAGGGUGAGCAGGGACAUGUGGGGACAUUUAUGACCCCUGUGGCUGUAUUCAAAAGGAUUGCAUUAUUCCACCAUGGUCUCAGGCCGAGGGAAAUGGAACCUUCCAUGGCUGGGUGACUAAGUCCAAUGGAGACAUUUGGAACAGGCCACAUUCUAGGACCCUGGCAAUAGGGGCUGGCCCCCACCAAGGCUGGACCGAGGCAUUAGUUCUUCUUUUUUUUUUUUUCUUUGUGGAACAAUUCAUCUAGUCAGAUGGCCUCAUGGUGUCCUUGAGACACAGGGGCAGAAAAUGAUACUUAGCUUUCUUGUACUCAUCUGUGGUGAGCUGUGUUUUGGGGGGGCUGCACCUGCUGACCAGAGCCCCAUUCUGUACCCCCCUUCCAUGAUGCACACUCUCUAGGGGCUGGAAACUCAAAAUUAUUAUUAGACUAAGACAAAACAAGCAACAAACUUUGUAUUUAUGAAGGCAAAAUUGAUAAGAAAGGCAUAUACAAAUAAAGCAGAAAGAAAGAAAGAAAAAGAAAGAAAAGAAAGAGAAAGAAAGAAAGAAAGAAAGAAAGAAAGAAAGAAAGAAAGAAAGAAAGAAAGAAAAGAAAGAAA